AUGAGCGGUGAUGCGGCAGAUUCCACAGAUACUCGGCACGAACCCGACCAGGUGGAGCCAGGCAAUGAACAGAAUGGGCUGGACUUUAACAGGCAGAUUAAAACCGAAGACCUCAGCGACUCCUUGCAAUCUACAAUCCCCCCUAGGUCAGGUCACCUUGUGCAGGGAUCAUCAAUGAUGCCUGGAAGCCAAAUCGCGGGGGAUAUGAGCUCUCUUCACACGCUGCAGCAGCUGGUAUUGCUUCCUGGUCAUAUGCAGUCAGUUCCCCAGUUUCUUCUGUCUCAGUCUCAGGCCGGGCAACAAGCUUUGCAGCCAAACAUCCUCUCCUUCCCUCAGCAACAGGGCAGCCUUCUCCUCUCCCAGCCGGGACCCAGCCUGGCAUCACAGGCUGUGGGCCGUUCUGGGCUCCCUGGCUCAUCGGUUGAACCCCAUCUGGAUGUACCCCAGCAUUUGCAAGUGGCAAAGCACCUAACUCCGUCGGGAGCAUCUGAGGAACCCAGUGACCUGGAGGAGCUGGAAAAGUUUGCUAAGACUUUCAAACAAAGGCGAAUCAAAUUGGGGUUCACACAGGGUGAUGUUGGACUUGCCAUGGGGAAGCUCUAUGGCAAUGAUUUCAGCCAGACCACCAUUUCCCGCUUCGAGGCUCUCAACCUGAGCUUUAAGAAUAUGUGCAAGCUCAAACCUUUGCUGGAGAAGUGGCUGAGUGAUGCAGAAUCUGCUCCUUUGGAUUCUUCCAUGAACACUCCCAAUUCCUACCCCUCAGUGAAUGAGAUGUUUGGACGGAAAAGAAAGAAGCGAACCAGCAUUGAGACCAACAUUCGCUCCACGCUGGAGAAAAGAUUUCAAGAUAACCCCAAGCCCAGUUCAGAGGAGAUAUCCUUGAUAGCAGAGCAGCUCUCCAUGGAAAAGGAGGUGGUUCGGGUCUGGUUCUGCAACCGGCGCCAGAAGGAAAAACGGAUCAGCUGCCCAAUGCCAUCCCCCAUCAAAUCACCUAUCUACAAUUCCAGACUGGUCUCUACCUCAGGGUCCUUGGGGCCCCUCUCCGUCAAUCCGGUGCAUAGCACCAUGCCUGGGACUGUAACAUCAUCGUGUUCCCCAGGGAACUCCAGCAGGCCCUCAUCCCCUGGCAGCGCACUCCAUGCCGGCAGCCCCGGCACGGCCCAGAGCAACUCCAAAGCUGCAAUGAACUCGUCCGGUUUCAACUCUUCAGGAUCUUGGUACCGAUGGAAUCAACCUACCUACCUCCACUGA